GGGUUUGGUCAACAAGGCUCUAUCCUUCAUAAACGGAGUUCCUAUCACCUAGACAGAAGAGACUCAAUGCAGAAAGAAGAGACAGACAGACUCAAUAAGUACCAUGGGAGUAGAGCCUCAGGGUGGUACUACCAUCACUCCCUAUACUCCGGAACAAGAGGAGGAGGCUGCGAAGAUCUUGGCCGAGCAGAAGGCCAAGAAGGAGAAGAGGGAGGUGGUGAAGCAGGCCAAAAAGUUGGCCUUAAUGCAGCAGCAGGCCGCAAAAAGAAAGAAGUUAGAGGAAGAGUUGGAAAGGGUAAAGAAAGAGGAGAGAAAAAAGAUGAAAGUCGUGGACGCAGAAGAGGAAGAAGAGAAGAAAAAGGCGGAGGAAGAAGUGCCCUUGAUUAAAAGAAGUAUCAGGGAAAGAGGAGAGUCGAGUGGCACGAAGAAGGCCUCCUGGUUGGAGAAGAAGGGCUCUGAGUGGGUUGCUAACCUGUCUCUGGGAGAAGAGGAGGAGGCGAUGUUGUAUGUACCCAGGGAAGAACAGGAAGCGGCUGUGAAGGAGUUGGAUGUUGAGGAAGACCCCCUCAAACGGCAGACAAUAGAGGAUGAGAAAAAGUUGGAAUGGAAGCUGCAUCUGACUAGAGAGAGGAAGAAGAGAAUGGAGGCGGCGAGUAAGGUAGUGAAAGAGCUGGAGGAGGUGAAACAAUUAAGUGUGCAGCUGGAGGCACAGGCGGAGAUAAAGGGGAAAUGGAAUGUCACACGAAGCGUUAGAGCUUCUGAUAAACUGCAAACCAUCCAUUCACGUCAGUGGAGGAGCGCCAGGGCACUCAAGGGUGUCAUGGAUGAGUUGGUCGCCGUUCCUGAUCAUGGGGUCACAGAGACCCAGGUAGUUAACAUGUUCUAUCAUGCCAUGCCCGAGCCUCUGCGCGGGCACUUCUUUGAGAAGAGCAAGAAGUCUGCCAUGACCUACGAUAUUUUGAGUAGGGAAGUGGUAGCAUUUGAAGUGCAUUCCAUGCCAGUUUCCACUUUCUGGCAUAAGGACCUUGACAAGGGAAAGAAGUGGAAGGGUCGUACCAUCUCGGGUCAGGUCAAGGGCAAGGAUCACCUAAUCCUUAUAUUAGAUGAGGGUGGUAUGGAAGAGGUCCCAUACGAUCAAAUAGAGUGGGGCCUAGAGGAAGAGGACAGUAGCGUUAGUCAGGGGAGGACUUACGCUGCUGUCGCGGCUGGAGGGAGGCCGCAAGGAAGAGGUAGAGGCCAUGGCCAAGGGGUUCGGACCUCUGGUGGUCCUGGACAGGGCGAUCAGGGGGUUGGUGGUAGAGGAGACCGCCAAGCGGGAGGCAGGGGUCAAGGUCCCCCCGCAAAACCGCUCUAGUUUUAAUCGAUCACCUUACAGGAAGAGUGGAUGGCAUCCGGGUCUGCCACAGUGCAGGCCCUGGGAGGAUUUGGGCUUAGAACAGA